AUGGAUCAUAGAUUCAACCACCAUCCAUUAUUAGUCCAUGAGCAAGAAGACUCCCCCACCACUCCAGAAAAUGCUGCUGAAUCUCCACUCUCCGGCGAUGACACGACGAAAACCGACACCCCGUCACCGAGAAAAAGCAGCAGGAGUGUCAAAAAGAGGGUGGUGUCCAUUCCAAUAGGUGGCCUGGAUGGCUCACGGGGCAAAGGGGAGGCAUAUCCGCCGUCGGAUUCUUGGUCUUGGAGGAAGUAUGGACAGAAGCCCAUCAAAGGGUCUCCUCAUCCCAGGGGAUAUUAUCGAUGUAGUAGCUCAAAGGGAUGCCCAGCCAGAAAACAAGUAGAAAGGAGCCACCUAGACCCAACCGUGCUGCUCAUUACCUACUCCUAUGACCACAACCAUCCAGCCCUACCACUCACCAAACACCACCACCACCACCACCCCACCACUUCCUCCACCACCACCAUUCCGACCAAAUUACCUCCAGAAGAAUUCGCAGCCUUUGCUAAUCAACCCGACCUAGAACCCGACAACCACUUUGCACACUUCCCCGGCGAGCUCGGUUGGUUUUCCGACGUGGGGUCCACCAUACUUGAGAGCCCGGUGUUUGUGGGACCCACAUGCAGCGAUGCUGACGUGGCAAUAGUGCUACCUAUUGGAGAAGAGGAUGAACCCUUGUUUGGUGACCUUGGGGAGUUGCCAGAGUGUUCCGUGGUUUUCCGGCGAAGAGUAGAGACACCCUUUUCUGGUAGUACAGGAUAA